GCUGAGUUUGUUUAAGCAACUUUUCAGGAGUCCUUCGAGAUAAAACUUGACAUAUUCUCAAGGAAUAAUGAGAGUAUCUAUAAUGUACAAAUAUUUUUCUAUUUUGUCGUUUAAUAUACUAGGGUUCCUACCUGGUUGCAUCAGUGAUCCAAUCCUACUGAAUACGGAAGCCCGUUGAGCGAAAGCAUUCUCUAUUCCUUUCAGGACCAUUUGAAACUAUCUGAACACAAUUUUAGUGUAACACUCUUGAAAUGUUGCGUUACUCUGGUUUUGUUUUUCCUAUAGCUCAACUCUACGGUAGCGUAUACAUUGUCGAAUCGCAUGAUUGGAUCUUCAAGACUUCCUUUCCAUCCUUUUUAAGUUCUGCUGUUAAUGGAUUUACCUGCUGUAUUCAAGAGCUUCCUGUUGCUGGAUUUACCGUCACUAUUGUACAAAUAGAGUUUUCUGACCACUUAAUUGUACUUAUUUCACGCAAUGGAAUGAUUGGGGAUAUUGUAAAUCAAGUAUUUGUCGAAAUAUUCUUUCAGGUAUUGUCCCAAAAAAGCAAUCCACCGACAGUAAAUGGUCAUGUUUCUCAUGACCUUGAUACUCGGACCCUGUUUGGUCCUGACAAAUUGAAUACUUGUCUUAUCACCAGGCUGAUCACUAAGGUUUUGGAUACUUCAAAAACAAUACUUGUUAGUACUGAUUUCAAAGAAGAUAUUUGUUUUAGUGAUACUCAACUAAUUUGUGAUGUCUUAAAAAAUAUAAGGUCGACAUAG